CCCACAUUAAGAAGAAAUAUGCAAGAACAAAACGGAGAAAGGCGAACAUAAGAUGAAAGCAAGAGGAGGCAGGACUCCGAACACUACAGACCUCCGUAACUGCCAGCUUCGCGACCGCUAUUUCUCCGCCAUCUUCUACUGUGAUUUUCCUAACCGGCCGCCUCGGCUACCGUCGUCGCUGCCCCAACGACGGCAAUAGCCGUUGAUUCUGGGCAGGCGCGAGCCAGCCACCUCACACGCGGAUGCCACCGCUGCCGAGAAGAUGGCAGAAAGCGCCAUGGCGGACAAGUGUUGCGUGAAACUCUACAACCUGAACCGAGAUCAACAGUGGGAUGACCUAGGUACCGGGCGCAUCUCUUCGGCUUACGUGGAGCACCUCCAGAGCGUGUGUCUGCUAGUUCAGUCGGAUUCCAGUGAGGCGCUAAUCCUGGAGUCGAAGAUCAAUUCAAAUACGCCAUACCAGAGGCAACAGGAAACGCUGAUUGUUUGGUCAGAAGCGGAGGGCCACGGUAUGGCUUUAAGUUUCCAGGAUGCCGAAGGUUGUCAGAAGAUCUGGGAAGACAUUUGCCGAGUUCAAGGUAAAGAUCCAUCUGUCCUUAUCACACAAGACCUCUUAGAUGAAUCAGAUCAGUUUGAUGACAUAUUCGAAAAUGCUGAUGUGUUUGACUUGCCUAGCUGUGAACUCGGUAAACUUGAAGAUAUUGAUGACGUUGUUACCUCGAUUCUCGCUUUACCUUUACCUAUCCAUAAGGAAAGACUGGCUCUGAUCUUAGAAAAUGGGGACUAUAUUAAAAAUUUGCUGCAGCUGUUCCACACUUGUGAAGACCAAGGGGACACUGAAGGUUUACACCAUUUGUAUGAAAUUAUUAAAGGCAUCUUAUUCCUUAACAAGACAUCUCUGUUUGAGAUCAUGUUUUCUGAUGAGUGUAUCAUGGAUGUGGUGGGAUGCCUCGAAUAUGACCCUGCAAUGGCUCAGCCGAAAAGGCAUAGGGAAUUCUUGACUCAACAUGCGAAGUUCAAGGAAGUUGUACCAAUAACGGACUGUGAACUUACGCGAAAGAUACAUCAGACCUAUAGGGUACAGUACAUUCACGACAUCCUUAUGCCGAUACCAUCCAUAUUUGAAGAGAAUUUUCUUUCUACUCUUACAGCUUUUAUUUUCCUCAACAAAGUCGAGAUAGUCCGCAUGCUGCACGAAGAUGACAACUUUUUGUCCGAAGUUUUUGUGCAGCUAAGGAACGAGACUAUAGAUGAUGAUAAACAGCGCGAGUUGCUAUUUUUCUUCAAGGAAUUCUGUAAAUUUUCACAGACAUUACAGCCUCCGAACAAGGAUGCCCUCUUCAAAACAUUGACACAUUUGGGAAUUCUUCCUGUUUUGAAAACCGUGAUGAGCAGGAAGGAUUUGCAGGUACGAUCAGCUGCUACCGAUAUACUUACUUAUCUAGUAGAGUGUAGUCCAUCCAUGAUCCGAGAAUUUAUAAUGGAAGAAGCCCAGCAGAAUGUAGAUGGUAACCUUUUCAUUAACUUAAUAAGUGAGCAAAUGAUCUGUGACACUGAUCCUGAGCUGGGAGGUGCUAUUCAUUUAAUGGGACUUCUUCGUGCUCUAAUCCAUCCUGAAAAUAUGCUGUCAACACCUAGUAAAUGCGAAAGAAGUGAGUUUCUAUAUUUCUUCUACAAGCAUUGUAUACAGAACUUCAUAGCACCACUUUUUGCCAUAACUUCAGAAAAUAUAUGUGAAGGGGAUAAUGUAGUUGGAGCUGACAAAAACAGCCCCAAUAAUUAUCAAACAGCAGGGCUGCUUUCUUUAAUUUUGGAGCUGCUCACAUUUUGUGUGCAACAUCACACAUAUUACAUAAAAAACUAUAUUUUGAGCAAUGACUUGCUAAGAAGAGUCUUGAUCUUGAUGAGUUCAAAGCACACUUUCCUGACCCUGUCUGCUCUUCGCUUUAUGAGAGGGAUGAUUGGCCUUAAAGAUGAACUUUAUAAUUGUUACAUCAUCGAGGGAAAUCUUUUUGAGCCAGUUGUAAAUGCUUUUCUGAAAAACGGGACUCGGUACAAUAUGUUGAAUUCAGCUGUUAUUGAGCUGUUUGAAUAUAUAAGAGUGGAAAAUAUCAAAUCUCUUGUUAUACAUACAGUUGAGAAGUUUUAUAAAACACUUGAAUCGAUCGAAUAUGUUCAGACAUUCAAAGGAUUGAAGAUCAGAUAUGACGAAGCAAAAGAUCAACAAAAUCAAAUUCGGAAGAAUUUACAUUGUAUACUGUAUAGUCAAAUACUCUGCAGAGGAAUCAGAGUCUUGGAGAAGGAAAAAAUGUGUAUUAAAGAAGAUUCAAAGGAAGAAGAAGCAGUUAUGCCACCAUUGGAAGAUGAUUAUCCAGAUCCUUAUGAUAAGUUUAUGGAGACUAAAAACCCAAAAGAAAAUGAAGACAAGGUAGAUCUUCCUAAAAGAACAUCUUCUGGGAACUACAAAAUCAGUUCAUCCCCUUCUGCUGGUGGUGCUAAUGAAACGAGUAGCCAGAGCAGUAGCAGCACGGUUGGCUUAAAGAAUGAUCCAGAUGAUGAAGAAAAAGAUGAAGGAGAUGAAACAUCGCCCAAGAAGAAACCACAUCUUAGCUCGUAAAACCUGUAACAUUACUAAACUCUACUUUACUAAAAUUACUAAAUUCUACUUUACUAAGUUCUACAUUACUAAAAUUUUAUGAACAUCAAUUAGUGAAAAAUCUGAAUCCAAAAGCUUUCUCAUUUGAAGUUAAUAAAUACACAGAAGGAAAGAUGCUCAGUGUUAUCAUCUAGGAGGUUUUAGUUCUAUGAAAACCAAACUUCACAGAAUUAAAAUAAUAAUAAUAAUAAUAAACUAACCAGAAUCUGAAUGAUAACUUCUUUGCAAGAAAAAUCUUGUUUUGGUGGGGGGAGGAAAUAGGUUGAUGAUAUAAUAUUAAUGCAAUUUUGUUCCAGGGGUAUGUUUUUAAAGCAACUAUUAACACUGCAGUUGCAAAGCUUCUAAUGUGACUUGUUCAAUGGUUCUGGUUUUCUUUGCCUCAGUAGCCUUUUUUGAAGUAAAAACUUAGGUUUAUAUGGGAAACAAAGACAACUGUAAUAAAAAAAAAUUAAGCUAUUCACAUUUCUGCAAAGAUUUAACACAAAAUCAGCCUCUGGGUAAUUGGAGGGAAGUAACUUGCAGUGUGUGUUUUUCAUGAAUAAAAAAGAAAGCUGGAUUCAAAAUCUGCAGUUGUUAAUUUAACUUUUUUUUUUUUUUUGGAGGGAAGUAACUUGCAGUGUGUAUUUUUCAUG